UAUUCGCUGUUGUCCGGACACGUGCGCGCUUGAACAUUAUUGUCGGUUUCUCGCCCCAGUGUGCGCAGAGUUCCCGUUAUAAUAAUACACAACAAUUUCACUCUCGUUUCGAUUGGGAAUUGUUUGGCAAUAAAAUACGCAUACAAGUGAUUUACUAUCUCUGUGAAAUCUAUCAAAGUUUCUGUGCAAUUAUCGAUGCCGAUUUGCCGCGCUUUAUUUUGUGCGUAAACUGCAAAAGUAAAAGCAAAAGAAAAGGAAACGAAACGAAAAGAAAAACAAAUUUGACAAGCGACUCGCAAUUUAUGCGCUAAUUAGGCAAAAGGCAAAAAUAAGUGCGUGAGCCUCUUUCCCCCCACAAUCUACCCAUCGAAUUGUUUUGCUGGAUGCUGCGCAGCCGACGCAGCAGCCAAAAGGUGCGUGCAAAGCAGCGACGCCAACUGCGACGCUUCUCGAACCUAGCCGGUUACAGUGCGUGCGAAUAGUCGUUGCCCGGGCAGCGACAAACGAAAGUGGGAAAAGCGGAAGGGGAAAGGGACAGCGACAGCGACAGUUGUCGCGCACUGUUGUUGUCGUAAUUUCGCGUUAAAAUAAACACGCAAGAAACACACACACAAAAAAAAAAAGAACGAGAAGAAGAAGACACACAAAAACCGUAAGAAGCUGCUCAAAGAGCAACAACAACAGCAAAGGAAAGUGCAGAAAAAUCAAAUAAGAAUUGAAAUUUAGGCCAAAAGCGGAUUACAAGAAUUGUUGCUGGCAACAACAACCACAGCAACAACUACAAGGAGAAGAAGAGGAAGCUGAACAGCCGCAAGCAUAAAAAGAAAAAAUUUCAUCCUAACAAAAGCAACAACUUUGCGCUCGCUUUGUGCGUACGUGUGCGUGCGUGUGUGUGUGUGUGUGCGUGUCCAUAUCCGUGUUCGAAUUCGCGCGUGUGUGAGUGUGUAAAGUGAAUUGCAAAAAAGUGAGAAGAAGCAAAAAUACAAAAUACCAAAAUAUCGAAACAACAACAACACGAGCUCAAUAGUGAAGCCGGGACAAGUGUGUGAGAGCGAGAUAGCUAGCUGCAAAUAAUUCAUAUGGAAAUUGGCGUAUGUCAUGCUGGCUCAUUAAUGUGCUUCAGUAUUUAACAGUUAACCCCCAACCCCCCCCUCUUGAUACACUUCCCUGAACCUUGUUGCGUGCAGGUCAUCAAUUAAUUUGCUGCCAACGACAGCAACCAGCAGCAACAACAACAACAAGAACAACAACAACAGCGAUUGCCGCAAUCAUUUUCGCACUUUAAACGUCAGCAACAACAAUAAGCAGUGUAAAUAAAAGCCGCCUCAAAAGCUCGAACAAAAAAGAAAAACACAAGAGGGAAAAAGAACAAAAAAUUAAUGACACUUUGACGCGCUGUGGUUUCAGUUGUAUCUUGUAUCUGUAAGAUACAAACCCCCAAACCCCAGCCUCUGCCCCGCCCACACACUCCACCCACAAUCGAGAUAGCGGCCGCGUGCUGUCAUAAUUUAUCACAAUUGUCAUCUGGUCGUCGUCCAGUGAAAGUGCAUCCACAAGAUACACAGAAGAGCUGAAGCUACAAGAUACAAAUUGCUUAUGAAGACUUUCCCUUAUGCGGGUCAGUGCGUUAGAACAAUAAUAAUGCUGCGUCCAACGAGUGCAAACACAAAACAAAAGAGAUAGAAAGAGAGUUAAAAAAAGAGAAAGAAGAAAAAGUCAAGUUUACUUUUAUUAUUUUUCCUGCUUGUGCACAAAAUACAAACAUAAUAAAAAAUAAACUCGCAAGCUGAAACUCAAACUUACCCUGCACUUGGAUUACUGAGAGCAGCAUCAGCAUCAGAAGCAGCAAGGACUUCCAGCAAGGAUACUUUUGGGCAAUAAAAGUGCAAAUAAACAUGUAAAAGGACAUUAAGAUGCCAAUGAAAGGAGCAGGACACAUGCCACAUACUCCAGUUGAAAUGUGCUUUUUAUGUGCGCAACUCUGCAAAGUCAAAGCCAACUAAAGGCUCGCUGGCGCUUCAUUAAAGUCAAAAGCGGAAGCGGAAACGGAAAUAGCCAACAACGAACAACACAAUACGCAGCAGCAGACUGCGUGUGUGUGUGUGUGUUUGAGUUUAUUAACAUCAGCUUCAUCAGGCACUCGGAAUUGCUGUGUUGUUGCCAUGUUUUCAGUUUCGAUUUCAGUUUCAUUGCUUUGACUGUGUUUCUCUUCUUUUUUUCUGCGGGCCAAAUUCGAAGCUCUCUCGCUGCACAUAAAUGACGAGGCGUCUCUGCGUUCGAGCACAACGCAAUGACAGCCAUGCAGUUUUUAAUAACAGCACCACACGAAAUACCAACAACAGCAACAACAACAAACAUGCAACCAACCACAGCAACAACAACAACUACAACGACAACAACAUCACGAACAUAUGGACAGCGGCAACAACAGCACAACACACAUCGAAAAUCACGCAGAAGGUGCACGUUGCUGUUGUCCCAGUUGAUGUUGCCACUGCCACAGACGACGCUGCAGUUGCCACUGCGAUUGCGCUUGGAUCUGGACACUGGCAAAACGGUUUCAAUAGUCUGCCUUGUGCUGUUGUCGCUGCUCUGCCUGCUGCCAGCGAGCACGUUGGCAGAGGAGGAGUCACAGGAUUUCCAAAAGAACAUACCCGCACGUCUGGUUUGGGCCGCAACUGGGAAGACCGUCGAUCUGCCCUGCGAUUUGACGCCGCCAACGCCGCAGGAUUCGGUGAAGUUGCUGCUUUGGUUCAAGGAUACCACCGGCAUACCGUUAUACAGUCUGGACUCACGAGGUGGCAACGUAAAGUUGGCGCCACAUGCGGCCAUAGCUAGCGAUCUGGGUCAACGUUUGUUCUUUAGCAUCGGCGACAAUCCCAAGGAUUCGCGCCUACAGAUUAAGGAUGUCAAGCCCGAGGAUGGCGGCGUCUAUCGCUGUCGCAUCGAUUUCUUCAACUCGCCCACUCGCAACUUCAGGCACAAUCUGACUUUAGUCGUGCCGCCUGAGGAGCCGCGUAUCUUUGAUGCGCAGGGCAAGGAAAUCUCACAGAUGGCGGGACCAUUCCGCGAGGGUUACGAGCUCUUUCUUUGCUGUCAAGUGCGGGGCGGUCGACCCCCGCCCAAGGUCACCUGGUGGCGAGAUGGCAACGAGCUCAUCGGCACCAGCCACACGUCCGUCGAGGAGGGUGCCACGGUCAUGGUGAAUCAGCUGCUCAUUGGCACCACAACACGAGACUAUUAUGGGGCGCGCAUCGAGUGCCGAGCACAAGGCACGCGACUGCUGGAGCCUGUUGUCAAGGAUGUGACCGUGCAGGUGCAUCUGAAACCCAUUCGAGUGAAGAUAUUGACGCCCAACGAUCUACUCACAGCUGGACAUCCGAUGGCCAUUCGCUGCGAAUCGUGGGGUUCGUAUCCAGCGGCCAAAAUUGCCUGGCUCUUGGAUGGUGAGCCCAUCCGCAAUGCUGAGGUCACGCUACACAGUGACAAAGAGGAUGCGAAUAUCACGACGAGCAUUCUCACGCUGAAGGUGACUUCGGAGAACGACAAUGCGGAGCUGACGUGUCGCGCUACGAAUCCCUGGUUCUCUGGCGGCGCCAUCGAGGACAAACGUAUCAUACGUGUGGCAUAUCCGCCCACCGUGUCGGUGCAUUUGGCCAACGAGGAUCCCAGUCGUAUGGUUACACGUGCCGAGGGCCAAAAUGUCACGUUCAAGUGCCGUGCUGAUGCGAGGCCUCCGGUCACCAGCUACUCCUGGUUCAAGAACGGCAUGCGUAUGUCUGGCGAGAGCACGGAAAUCAUGCACUUGACACAGCUGGAGCGGGAGAGCGCAGGAGCGUAUGCUUGCGGGGCAACGAACACCGAGGGGGAGACGCGCAGCUCGAGUCUCACACUAAAAGUGCAGUUCUCGCCGCGUUGUAAACCAGGCACAGAGCAAACCUCGAUUGGAGCCAUCAACAUGCACUCGAUACAGGUCAAAUGCGAGGUGGACGCCGAUCCGCCCGAGUCGGUGAGAUUCAGUUGGACCUACAACAAUACACGCAACGUGUCGCCGGUGCUCAACUCGAGGAUACAAUCGAAUGGCCUCACCAGCACUAUGACGUAUCUGCCGCAAACCGACUCCGAGCUAAUAACUCUAGCCUGCUGGGCCAGCAAUGUGGUUGGCAGACAGACGGCGCCAUGUCUCGUCCACAUAUUGCCAGCAAAUGCACCCGAGGCACCCAAGGCCUGUGAACUCCGCAACGAUACCGUCCUCGAGGUGGUCUGUGUCGCUGGCAGCGAUGGCGGACUCUCGCAGUACUUUAUGCUCGAGGUUGUGGGCGGCGAUUUGCUUUAUGCCAGCGAAUCAUCAUCGGCUGGCAACCGAGGCGGGCAAUUCGGUGAAACGCUUGGCAAUGCGGACAAUGAGAUAUCCACGUUGAAUGAUCAGGCUACAUCUGCACCCAUCUUUCGAAUGCAGGAGAACAGUCCACAAUUUCGUUUGAAUAAUUUAGAGCCGGGACGUGAAUAUCAAUUUUUAGUUUAUGCCGUUAACGCCAAGGGACGCAGCGAGCCGCCGGUGGUGAUUGAACGUGUGCGCGUGGCUGCACAACUGGGACCAUAUGAUGAAUCCAUACUCUCGGAGGAUCCAACGCCCGCGGAAACCACGCAUCAUGUGGGCGGUGGCAUCGUUGGUGGCAACGGCAAGGGAGGCGGCGUUGGGGGCGGCGGUGGCGGUCUUUCGUCGGUUGGCGUCGGCGCUGGCGCCAGCAUUGGCAGCGGACCGGAGAAGCAAUCGACGCUGCUGAUACUCGCCGCCGUUGUGGCGAUAGGCGUCGUCAUUGUGACGUCAAUUAUCGUGGCCGGCAUCGUUGUUGUCUGUCGGCAUCGGCCGCGGCCACCUGAGCCGCAGGAAGUGCGCAAGAGCAUGCGGCCGGCGCGCAACGAUGUGCCCUCGAUGUACAUUGAGGAGGACGAGCUGAAUGAGCUGGAGGAGGGCGGCGGAAGAGCGGCGGAGAUUCGAGCGCGCAUCACUCCGCAUCAGGCAACAUCGCAUCUGUGUGGCGGUGGCGUUGGUCCGGGCGGCGUUGCCCCGCUGGGCGGUCCAGGUGCUAUUGUGGGCGUGGCCGGGCCGCAUCAUUACAUCUCCGAGAGCUUCAUACAGUACGCGCAGCCCAGUCUAAACGGCGAUGUGCUGCUACCUUUGCUUGUUACAGCCACAGCGAGUCAGCCGAGCAGCCAUCGUCGUUACCAUCGUAGUGCUGCCUCAGCUGCCACAAUGUCGGACGUGGUCGUGGCCAUGCCACAGCCAGUUGCAGCCAAGCUUUGUGCAACAGCUGCCAAUGCGGCCGAUGCAUCCGCCGUCGCCGUCUCCGCCGCCGCCUGGCCACCCAAAUUGUUGUGAACAAAAAACAAAUCGAAACAUAAACAAACAUUGAAAUAAGCAAAACAAAACUAAUCGACCCGGAUCUGAUAUUACCGCGCGGCGAAUUGGAAUUUACGACUCUGGAUCCCACGCUCAAGUAAUUGUAAAAAGUAAUAAUAUCUACCACACACACACACACACAUAAUCCCUUCAUCCCUGGAUCUGGAAUUCGCAGCCCUGGUUCACGCUGAUGCACUACGAACAAGAACAACAGAGCAUCAUCGUAAUUCACGGGCGUUUCAUUUUAUCGUACAUAGCUGUAAAUUUUUAGCAUAAAUUUAAAUGUAUUAAUGUCGAAAGGUAUAACAUAAGUGCAUCCUCUAUGCAUAUAUCCUUGUCUGCGUGCGCCGAAACAACCAAAAAUUUAUAUAUAUACAACACAGCAAAUUGAAAUCAAAGUGGAAAUGGUAAAAGGGAAAAAUAGCAAUGAAAAAAAAUAAGUCUGCCUUUGCCGUGCUCUAAUCGAAAAAAUAACUGAAAUCAAAAAGUGAAUUUUGUAAAUAUCAUUACACAUACACACAUACACACAUUUAUAUAUAUAUACAUUAACACCCAUCUGCGAACAGUUGAGAAUCAAAAAGAUGAAAUAGCCUCGACAUCAAAAUGUACAUACUAAAAAGAAAGAGGAAUGAAGAUAACCGGGCAACCAUUAAUCAAACUGCAUUUAAAUGUUGAAAUAAAAUUUAAUUAAUGAACCAUUUUAGUUUGUAAGCUAGUUGGAUAGGCGUAAAACAAGUUUAGUCGCUAGGCAAAACUAAAUUUAGACUCAAAGAGCGUAAAACCAGGACAAGAGCAUAAUUGCAAAUAGCAAGUAGACUAUAAAUAAAUAGUAUAUAUGAUAGAAGAAGGAGGUGGAGAGAAAGGAGUAAAUUUGUUCACGGAUGUGUGCGUAUGUGUAAUAUUCAAGAAUUUAUUACUGCAAAACUGAUAUCAAUAUUGAUUAGCCAAUACUCAGUUAACUGGCCAAGAGAAGCGGGGUCUAUUUGCAAUUGAAUUUAUGCAAUUUUCAUAAUAGAUUUGUGCAUAGGCAAAGUGCUGGCCAAGUUAGCAACUAUUUAUAUAUGAAUUCAUGAAUAUUCCAUUACCAUAACAAAAGCCUGGCUGGGCUGGAAAAAGUGAGCACAAAACUCUUCGCAAGUGCAUAAUGAAUAAAUGUUAAAUAAAUUACAGGCCCAAAAAUACAAAACUAAGGCAGCAGAAACCGAAACCGAAGCAGAAGCAACAACAAUAAUACGAAUUAAUUCAUUGUAUGUACAUGUUAUAAAUAAAUAACUAAAGUAACCGAGCGACUAACGAAAAACGACAUGAAAUCUUAAAUAAAAUAUAAUUCAUAUACACAAAACAUGCAUUUGGUAUAUGAAUGUGAAUAUCAAAUACACAAACACACAUGAAAAACCAAAUGGCAGCCUAGCAAAAUAUACAUUGCGUAUGCGUAAUAAAAUAAAUUAAAAUUAUACCAAAAAUAGAGCAGGAACCGAACCGAAACGAGUCGCAAUGAAUUGUUGGCAAACCAAAGACACAGACAGAGAAUUGAACUGUCUCCUAGGAGUAUCCAAGUAUUCUCCUCCCUUUCUCUCUCUGUCUCUUUCCUUCACAGUCGCUAUCGCUGUCGCUAUCGAUGAGUUUCGGUCUCACUCUCACUCUAAUUCUGUCUCUCUAAAACUAAACUGAUUGUUUUUAAGGCAAAAGUUAGAUUUACAAACCAAAACAAAAAUGCAAACAAAA